AGGGGGGAACCAAGUGAAGGGCCGGUUGAGGUAGGUACGAAAGAAUAGUAAGACGCCUUCAAAUACAUGGGAAAAUUUAGUAGAAAAUUGUGAAAACCUUUGGAAGCCGUUAAAACACUGUACCUAAUAACAAAAGUGAAUCUAAGCAAAUGUUAGACGAAUUGUACCAACCGUGGUGGCAAAGUUGUGCGAUUAUGGAAUAAUUGUUGUUCGGGUCUCGAGAGUUGUCGGCGCUGCUCUACUACUAUUUACCUCGAUAGUGUACCUAUGGCAGCAUCAGUAGCCGUUGCCGCCACUGAGUCGCGCUGCAUUGGUCAACGAUUUGAGGAUGGGACGAAGCUGCGAUGGGAGGCGCAAAAAGUUGUUUCGUUAUAUAAAGUAUAGUGUAGUGUAACAACGGUGCGGUGUGAGGUAGUGUAUAGCAUAGAGGAGAAAGAAAAACAAGUGUGUUUAGAAUUUGAUUUCAAGUGGUUGCAGCUUUGUUUGCUCACAUAUUUCAACCUGAAUCAACAAUGGCAAUAACAACUACAAACGGCACAUGAGCCGAUUGAAGAUACACUCGAUCGGAGAGGGUCGUUGCAGGUUGCUGGAUAUCGAUGAUGGUGGCAAUUUAUUGAACUUUUAUUAGUGAAUGAAUUCUGAUGCAGUUCGUGUUCAUUGAAUACCAGUUUGUUCGCCGUUGAGUACACGUGUAUGGAGGAGUACUACUAUCCAGAAAAUGUCGGAUAGCUUAUCGCAACUGAAAACUAGCGACUACGGAUUCUAAAGGCAGAAGUGUACAGACCGAAUCAUCAGCCUCCUCCUCAUCAUCAUCACCAUCACAAUCUUUAACGGCAACCGGGCAACUACAAAUCGAGACGGAAAAACCACCCCCCGCCCUGAUCUACGUCAUAAUCCUACCAGACGCGAAUUCCCAUCAAUUUGCCUGCCGGUUCAACCUUCGUGGAAUAAUAGUGGAUCGGAUUAUACUGACUAAGUAGCGAUGCAAGGGGGGGAGGUAAAGGAAACAGAAGGUUAAAUCGCCUCAUUAUCACAAGUAUAGUGCCGUCGUAACAGCAUGAGGAAAAGAAGAAUCAAAUGAAGUUCCCCGCUUGCUGUGCCUGUUUCUCCGCCACCUUCUGUCAGGUCCAACGGAGCAUCGAUGUGAUAAUUUUCAGUGCACUCCCAGUGACCACGCAGAAAAAAUCAAAUUGUUUAAAAAGUGUAACAAGUGAAAAACAGUGCAAUUUAGUCAGCUGGUGCACGAAACUGUCGCCCGUUGGUACCGCCUCUAGGUAGGCCCCUCGCGUUCGUGACAUCACCACGAUGAAGUGGAACAAGAAGCCGAAACAGUCGAUCGCGAGCGUCACGUCAAUGUCAUUUCUGUCAGACGAAAAUCUGACGUUUCAUCGUUUUUCCGAUGGAACCAUCUCGUUUACAUCGGACCGUAAAAAAUCCGCCGAAGCUGCUGGUUACGGCAACGGUGGAGGGUUGCCCAUCCGAUCGGACCAAGCACUAUCGAUUGAUAGGGUGACCCACAGAAAGCACUCGUUCAAACAUGUCCCGUCCACUCCGAUCUGGACCACCCACACGGCAUUCAACAACUACACCAGUAACACCAUUGCCAAUAGCAACCACAGUGCUAGUAGCAUUACCGACAACAACGCCAGUACAACUACGGCCGGUAUUCCGACGGCCAACGACUUGCGAUAUCUUUCGUCGCCGACCAAUGCCAACAAUUCCAGUGUGGUGCAGAACGGAUCCACCGUGAAGCUCCUGUCAACCAAAAUCACCUCCCAGAGCAAUGUAGCCGUCGAUAGCGAUGAUCAGUCAAACAAGCAGUCAAGAUCAUCAAUAUUUCGCGGCGUUAUACUAUGCCUCUGUCUGAACCUGACCUACGCCAACGUAGCCCGCUUCCCACGUGAGCUGCAACAGAACGGAACGGCCUUUCUCGUGCCCUACGUCAUACUGCUACUGCUGGUCGGUCUGCCGGUGGUGCUGCUGGAGAUCUCAUUGGGCCAGUUUCUCGGUCAGGGAUCGGCGCACAUGUGGCGCGCGGCGCCCUUCCUCAAAGGUGCCAGUUUGGUCGGACGAAUAGCUUCAUGGCUGGCGGCGAUCUGGACCUCGAUGCAGUCGGUGGUUGCGAUACUCUACGUUGGAAUGUUGUCAUUCAAAUCUGUGCCAUUUAGGGAAUGCAAUAAGGCGGUGACGAUUACCCAGCAGGCCAUUCAUAACGGUUAUGAUGUGGAACCCAAUAGCGGACAGGAAUGUUUGAAAUUAACAUUUUUACGUCCAGUGUGGCGGAGUUCCCUCUAUUUUGGACUGCUAGCGUUAAGUUUGAUUCUUUUGUGGGUCAUUUCAAUGGUGUGCACACACAGCGCGAAGAUCAAUCGUCGAUCAAUCUACCUGUUUGGGUUUCUGGCACUUCUUUUGCUGGUGUUUGAAACAGGCUGGGAGGUGGCGAAGGCUAUUAACGGAAGUUACUUACCCGAAUUAUGGCCAUUCUACCCGGAGUCGUUUGCGGAUAGUACCCUAUGGUUCAACGCGCUAGUCCAAGUGAUUUAUUCGUUAAAUAUCGGCAUAGGUGCGGUUCCAGUUAUCACCGGCAAGUUUCUGUACAAAGGAGACGCCAUCAAAACAUCAUUCGUGUACUUGUUUUUCAACGUACUCAUAACGGCGAUUGCUGUGUUGUUUUACCUGUUCCAGUUUCACGAUACUGCUAUCGAUCCUCACCUUCUGUAUCCUGAACUGACGCCGCUCACAGCGAUUUACGAUCGUGCCGUAACAGUACGUGAGUCGGAUCCGUUAUUACAGCAGUUGAUUCCUGCCCUAUCCUAUGCGCUACUCUUCAUUUCGUCGAUAGUUUCCGUUACUGUCUACAUAUACACCUCCACCCGAAUGAUACGAAAACAUCCGAAUUAUACUGUGUGUCUAGCUGGUCUAGUUGUCGCAAUAGCAGGUCUAUUGUGUCCCAACUACAUAUUUCCUCGUAUCCUGGACACGCGCAUCGUUGGAUCGUUAAUAAUCUGUGCGAUGAUAUUCGAGAUCAUUCUAAUCAUUUGGGUGUACGGCUCGAAGAACUUGUACACGGAUCUGGAGUUUUCACUGGGUAGGCCUGUACUGAAGGCUUGGUUGUUCAUCUGGGGAAUCAUUCCUGUAUUGCUGAUCGCGAUUUUGUCGUGGUGGUCGAUUACCUACUACGAUAACGAUCUUUUGAUUGAUUACUUCCCCAAAUGGCUUCCGGUGGUAUUCAGUUUAGGUGUCAUCAUGUUGCUAGCCUGUGUCGAGAUCAGUAAACAGGUGGAUUAUAACAUCUUCAGUAUGAUUCAUGGUGCUACCAAACCGUCCAAGGAUUGGGGACCGGCAGAUCCAUUGGUCCGGCAUGCUUGGAAACAAUGGAAAUCGGUUUGCGAAGACACUGGUGAAAGAGACUUUACCUUGAGGCGACGUGGCACAAAAGAUUACACUAAUUCCAUCAAGAAAGGUCAGUACUCACACUCCAACAAAUAUGGAUCUUCAAAUCGAAACAUUUCGACUACCGGGAGCAACUCUCCCAACUAUAGUGGAUCCGUGUUUGGGGAUUCGGCCAUAGAGGAGGACAUGAGCGUUGAAAAGUACCCGCAGUACAAACAACAGCUGUCAGCAUACAGCGUAGAUUCCGUUCACGGUAACUCUCCCCAAACCACCGGUAGUUCGAGGAAGUCAUCCCACAACGAUAAACGAACUCCAAGUGAACGCAGUCAAGCGGAAUUGAUCGAUUCGAGGAAAACCUCUGAUAACAGUUUUACAUCACGCGUCGAGAUAAUGGCCGAUGCAGGCUACCGGGGAGCGAUAGUUCGAAAUCCGCUAGCCAAAACGGAACCGGUAUCAAAUUUUAAAACAAGUAACAAUCUAGCUCCACCAGUGUCGGUACAACACCAUGCUAACCAAAAAAGGCAACAGAGUCAAAUGAAACAGCAAAAUCUAGCUGUCAGUGCUCAAUCCAAAACCCCGUAUCCAGAAGAAGGUUACAAUCGAGAUAUUUUCAUUAGUAACAGUCAACCGGACCAUAUUUGCUGGCGAAAGUUUUCCCUUAAUUCCGAAGAAUAUUCAACCGAGCUGUAGAAUAAAUAAAAUUGUAGUGAAACGAUCGUAGCUAGGCUAGCAGGUACCUCUCCAAUUUCUGUACAUAUUAGUCGAAUCGUUAGAAGCCGAUGGCAGAAUUUCACCUACCCGGCAGAUAUGUAGUCAUAGAGCUAUAUGAAGAACGUUAAAAUGCAGAAAAGGCCAAACUUAUUUAUUGUAUCAACUGAAUCUAAAAUCGAAUCUAUCAGAACAUUAUUUACUAUACUGUACUUUUUCGGCAAAUACUUAUACUUGCGGCAAAUACGUGUUAAAGCACUUGUAUACAUUCCCUAUGUUUGAGUUAGGGUCGCAUGACUGAUUUAUAGAUGAUAUUGAAUGUUUUGUUUCUUUGAUGUUCUCCGAUUGCAGGAAUAUAAAUGUUAUAGCAUGUACUUAAACAGAAUCGAACGUUUUAGGGGACAAUUUGAUAGAUUGCAUACAUACACUAAUAGUAUCAAUCGCAGAAAAAUCUGAACGAUGUAAAUAUUUAGCAAUAUAGGAAGUUAAACAAAGAUGAAACAUA